GGUAAUCAGAGCAGCAACUUUUCAUGUGAAAAUCGAGAAAAUCGAGGGAACCCAACCGCUGCCCGCGCACGCACGCAAAGCUUGAAGACAGAAAACCCUUUUCGCCAUUGCAGAAAUUUCUGCCUCUGCUGGUCCGGCGCAUGGAUAGAGAUUCCCAGGUAUCGGUUGCUUUUUUAAUAUAGUAAGAUAAAUGUCCCCGACUGGAGCUGUCCAACAACUUCUGCAGCGAAAAGCCCGCUCUGGUAAAGAGAGAAAAGUUCGAUCAGGCGUCGAUCAGAUGAUCAAUGACCCAGAAGAUGAGACAUCAGAAGUGGCCUUACUUUGUGAAGACGAAGAUUUAGAAUGUUUGGAGACUGCAGGUGAUGAUGAACUUAGGACACAGAGUGGGACAAGCAUGGAGAUAACUGACCAUAUUGGUGAUUCCAUGAAUGAAAAUUCACAAGCAUCACGAGGUCAAUUAAAGCAAAACAGGGAAGAUGACACUCAUGACAGAGAGACUUUUGGUCAUGAUAAGAAAAGAUUAAAGAUGGAUACAUGUACUAGUAAUGAGACAGUUGAUUCAAAUGAUUUUAUCUCAGCAUUGCCAGAACAUAUAAUUCAUCACAUUCUGUCACUGUUGCGUAGUCCGAAAGAAGUUGCGCGAGCUACCACCUUGUCCAAGAAAUGGAGAGAAAUCUGCUCCUCUUACUCCAUUCUGGUGUUCGACCAACGGAAGUUCACAAAAGCAGUUAAUAGUAGGCGGCGGGAGUAUAGGGAGAGAACACAAGUUUUUUUGAAUUUUGCCUCUCGCUCCGUGCAAAGUCGUCUUCAGGGUGGAUAUCAUAUGGCGAAAAUUCAGUUUCGCAUGACAUACUGUGAUUUGGAUUUUAGCAAUAGGAUUGAUAAUUGGUUAAGUCUCGUGGCCAAAAGCAAUGUCCAAGAGCUGGAUCUCCACUUUCCACACUUGGCAAAUGGACUUUAUAAUCUGCCUCAGAGUCUCUUCACUUCCUCAGCGAUAACUCGAUUAAAGUUGUUCAAUUGCAAGCUAGGAACGCUUGAGGAGAUAAAGCUACCUAAUUUGCGGGGACUUUGUCUUGGCAAGCUCGAUAUUUGUGACUUUCAUGUUUGGCAUCUGAUCCUUUGUUGCCCUUUGAUCCAGGAUUUGAGGCUCAUACACUGCACCGGGUUGAAUUCACUACUGAUCUCUGGCCUUGCUAAACUUGAUAAGCUUGAGGUACAUUGCUGCCCUAAAUUGAAGUUUAUCAUAGGUGACGCACCGAAUCUUCAGACGUUCUGCUAUUGUGUAGAUCGACAUAAUCCUGUGUCCUGGCCCUUCACUUUGUCUUUGGCCACUUGUAGAUCUUUAAAGUCAGUGGUCCUAAAGAAUGCUGUGUUCACAGUUGAAACGUUCCAAUCAUUGCUCGACCAAUGUCCUCAACUGGAAACCUUGGAACUGAGCAAGUGCAAUUCCUUGAAAAGUGUCACGAUACUAAGUACAGUACUAAGGCGUUUAGUCUUGAGACGGUGCAGAAUGUUACAUGAUGCUGAGAUUAAUGCCCCGAACCUUUGUUCUUUAAAGUUUGAGGGAAAUAAAAUGCCCUCCUUGUCAUUGUUACCUUCUGAUCUGAAGGAGGUGAAAAUUACUUUACGGAAAUCGAUGCGGAAUCCGCUACUUGCUAGUGAUAAGGACCACUGGUCUGAUAACUGGCGUUUAUUUCUUGGGAAGAUCAAUCAUUCAAGAGGAAUGAAGUUGGUCCUCUGCUGUGAGGAGACUGUCAUCAUUCACGAAGACCUCAGAGACUUCUCGCCUCCUCCAAUAAAGAAUCUUGAUCUUGAGAUUGUUGACUUGUCCAGAGGGUUCAAAGACAUACUAGAGAGUUUGUUACGGACUUGGCAUCCCAAGGCUGUCAUUAUCGUAACAUCUCCUAAUAGCACAUUACCAAAGCUAGCACAUGGUUUGUUGAUGGAACGUGAUAAUUGCCUGAAUUGUUGUGGAUUUGUCUCGUGUGAGAACAAAUGUUGGAGGCACUUCCUAGAAAAUGUCAAGACUUUAGACAUCGGAUUGGCUGGAGAUGAAAGGAGUAGUAGCUGGAUGUCCUUGUUGAAGUCAUCUCCAACGGUACUGCAGAAAUCAACUGGCUUUACACUGGAGUGGAAGCCCAGAUCGCGUACCCACAAAGCGAAUCCCCCGAGUGAAUCUGAUCUGUGAUUGCUUAUUUCCUAGUUUUUUUCUUUUUGUGGAAACAUGCACGAUUGACAAGGACGUUGCUUAUUGCAUAGGUGGAUUGCGGUAGGCCAUUAUGUGAAUGCGGGUCCAUAGUUGACUUCUUGAUAAAGUUAAGGUUGCUGCUAAGUAUGGUUCGUGUUAAACGCAUAUAUGCAAAAAGCAGAGAAAGAAAAAUUUAGCUCAUUCACUA